GCAGCUAAUUGGACCGACACCAGGUCAACCAUCCAACAAACACCGCCAGUUUCCCCAACUCUUUUUCGCACCCCCUGGUCGCAUCAUGUCCGAUCGCCCAGCGGACUUUCACCAAUUCCAGCCAGACCUGCGCUUUUCUGACCAGCGAACUUUGACAGCGGGCGGUCGAGGUGGACCCCGCCGUCCCUUGGCAAGGUCUGGUGCGGUCCAUGUACAGGUACCUGCGCGGCCCGGAGCCACCAGAGCCACAGCAUGAUCCGAUCUUCGCUGGCACCAAGCCCCUGACACUCUUCCAAAAUGUUCUUUAUCAUCAUCAACAAUCGACCGUGCUCCCAUGAUGAGACAGAGAGAGAUCAAAGAUGGGAGGAACAUAUGAGACAGUCCUUCAAGGUCAAGGUCAACAGGCAUGGCCUGCUGAACACAGUGCCGAGAACACUUGCCAGCGCGGGGUAACCUCCAUAAGCUCUCCAUACCCACGUUCUCAAGAGACGGGAUCAACUUUGAUCUGACCUGGAGACGGUAUGGAGACCGGGGCCCGAUCGGCAACGGCGGGCGGGGACAGGAGAAGGUCGUAAAAGAUCCAGCUAAUUUUUACAGGCACCCACGCACCCACACACAAUCAUACACAUUGAAGCAGGCUAAGGGCCGACCGAGCCGGACGUGUACACAUGGCAGGCUGAUGGCAGAACACCUGUUGCUGCUGUCGUGAGCAAAGGAAAGAAAAAGAAAAGAGAGACACCCGUCAGACCGUCAGGCUCGAGACAGGACAGGACAUGAUGUCAGCCCGGGAGCCCGUGAUACAGGAUGACCCCAGGAGGACGGGAGCUGCUGUUCGGGGCCGGAUGAUCCCCAACACCCUCCGCCUUGCGGACGCCGUGAUGCAGGGAAUACACAGCCGCAGACAGAGACUCAGACCUCGGCGAGAUGCGCUGAGGUGAAUGGAAGAUGGAUGACAGUCGGGCCAUUGCCAGGGACGUAUCGUAUGCACUUUACUGCGCACACCUAUUGCACGAACAGCACCUCAGUUUCACGACGAGAAGUCCCACUGUCGUCGCAGUCAGGUAGCUCUGCGCCGCCUGCGUGCCUCCCACAGGAUCCAGAAACUCAAAACCAUCGAGAUUCAGUGAUUUGAUGGUUGGUUCUCAAGGUGAAGAGGGCGGAAAGAAAGGAGAGGGAGAAAGAGAGAGAUGGAGAGACAGGACAGGAUGGACAGAAUGCAGGGUUCGGUCGGGUCCCCCCCCUCGACGGGGCUAGCUAGGUAGGCUUGGGAGCUGGAGGUGUCACCGAAGUAUUGGUACCUCGGGUCCCUUGACCGCCCCCAGGACAACUGCCCCGCUUGGGUUCAACCCACCAACCCCAAUGGUUUGGCUUGUUUUUGGCGGGCGGGACAUCGGUACCUUUUUUCUGGCCCAUCCCCCCCAACCCAAAUCCCAAGGAGGCGACGGUCCCAUUCCCUUGCGUGCCCGCCCAGAGCAACAAGUGAAAGAAGUUAGUUGCUGCUCGUUUUCCAAAUCACUCUCCUUUUUUCGACAUUCUCCUCCAUCUCGUCCUCUCUCUCCCGGUGUCCUCAUCCCUUUAACGAACUGCCCCUCGUUUGAGCACUCGCCCAGUCCACCCACUCGGGAAGAAGCUUGGUAGCUCAAUCAACUUUAGAAACUGAAGACGAAAGGAACAACCACACACUCACAUCAUGUCGGCGAAAAGCAUUCUCGAGGCCGAUGGCAAGGCCAUCAUCAACUAUCACCUCACUCGCGCCCCUGUGAUCAAGCCCAGCACUCUCCCUCCCCCUACCAAGCACAACCCCCCUCCUAGACUCGCCUCUCUUCACUUUCCCGAGGACCAGGACGUCUCUACCGUUCUUGACCAGGCUGAGGUCACAUACCCGUGGCUCCUCCAGUCGGAUGCCAAGUUCGUUGCGAAGCCCGAUCAGCUGAUCAAGCGCCGUGGAAAGAGCGGUCUUCUCGCUCUCAACAAGACAUGGCCCGAGGCGAAGGCGUGGAUCGCUGAGCGUGCUGGCAAGACACAGCAGGUUGAGCAUGUCGAGGGUGUCCUCCGCCAAUUCCUGGUCGAGCCCUUUGUGCCUCACCCCGCCAACACCGAGUACUAUAUCAACAUCAACUCAGUCCGCGAUGGCGACUGGAUUCUCUUCACCCACGAGGGCGGUGUUGAUGUUGGUGAUGUCGACGAGAAGGCCGAGAAGAUCCUCAUCCCCGUGGAUCUCUCCGAGUUCCCCUCCAACGAGGAGAUUGCCGCUACUCUCCUGAAGAAGAUCCCCAAGGGUCUUCACAAUGUCCUGGUUGACUUCAUUGUCCGUCUCUAUGCCGUCUAUGUUGACUGCCAGUUCACAUACAUGGAGAUCAACCCCCUUGUGGUCAUUCCCAACGAGGAUGCCACCUCCGCCAGCGUUCACUUCUUGGACUUGGCUGCCAAGCUCGAUCAGACUGCCGACUUCGAGUGCGGUGUGAAGUGGGCCAUUGCCAGAUCGCCAGCUGCUCUCGGCAUCACUGCCCCAUCAUCAGCCAACGGUUCCGUCAACAUUGACGCCGGUCCCCCAAUCGAGUUCCCUGCUCCUUUCGGCCGUGAGCUCAGCAAGGAGGAGGCUUACAUCGCUGAGCUAGACGCGAAGACUGGCGCUUCCCUCAAGCUUACCGUCCUCAACCCCAACGGCAGAAUCUGGACUCUGGUCGCUGGUGGUGGUGCUUCCGUCGUCUACGCCGAUGCCAUUGCCUCUGCUGGUUUCGCCGACGAGCUUGCCAACUAUGGUGAGUACUCUGGUGCUCCCACCGAGUCCCAGACCUACCACUAUGCCCGCACUGUCCUCGACCUUAUGCUCCGUGCGCCAUUGAGCGACAAGGGCAAGGUCCUGUUCAUCGGUGGUGGUAUUGCCAACUUCACCAACGUUGCCUCCACCUUCAAGGGUGUGAUCAAGGCCCUCAGAGAGUACGCCAAGGCUCUCAACGAGCACAACGUCCAGAUCUGGGUCCGUCGUGCCGGCCCCAACUACCAGGAGGGUCUCAAGAACAUGAAGGCCGCGACACAAGAACUCGGCCUCCAGGCCAAGAUCUUCGGCCCCGAGAUGCACGUCAGCGGUAUCGUGCCCCUUGCCCUCAUCCCCGGCAAGUGGGAGGCUGCCGGUAUCGAGGAGUUCAAGGCUUAAAUGUGUCAGUAUGAAUGUCAUGAUAAAAAAUUCAUUUUGAGGACCUAGGUAGCACCCUUCCAUGUCUAUCCAGUCUCUUCUCUGCCGUGUUCUUCUGUUUUCUUUUUUUGUAAUUGGGGCGCAUCUUUCAUGCCGGGUGGGCGGGUAGGAGGGGAGAACGGAUAAGAAUGGAAAGGGAAACGGUUCUUUUUAUUUGUCACAAACCCCUUUGUUUAGAAAGUAUAAUAAAACGAGGAAGCGCUAUGUAGUGUAACUAGUUGCUGCUGUUUUUGUUUUGGGAUCUUUCUGUUGUUUGGCUGGCAAGCUAGAUGGAGCGGAAAAGUUGAAAUACGUACGCUUCCUAGUGUUUGUUUGGAUUGCCUUGCUGUGGUGUUUGAUUUGGUCAAUGAUCCAUAGUUUGCGAGGCAUUGAAUAGUUAGAUUUGGUUCUCAUAUUUGAAACCAAGAUUCCCCGAGGCUUAAAUGUGAAAGAUGUUGUCGAGUG